UUUCCAUUCAUCUCUUGAGAAUAAAGUCAUAACCUAGGGUUCAUAUGCUGCCUUCACCCUCCUCUUCCUCUCCCUUGAGUUUUUCUGAUCCUGAUUAAAUUGGAGAACACCUUGUGUGAUGUAGUAAUGUUUUUUCUUGGUGGCAAUGCUUUAUGGGCCUCACUGAUGCAAUGAGCUUGUUAUUUGCGGCUGCUGUUUGGUGUGCUACUUACGCAUUGGUUGCAGUUCUUGGAGUCUUCCGGGCCUUCCAUUUUCUCUGAACAAUCCAUUUCCAGUUGACUGUUGGGGUCUUCAGUAAUAGAUUGAAGGCAAACAAAGAGAAGCUAUCAUGGGCUAUGCACAACUAGUCAUUGGCCCUGCUGGCAGUGGAAAGUCGACAUACUGUUCUAGCUUGUACCAACAUUGUGAAACUGUCGGCCGAUCAAUUCAUAUAGUAAACUUAGAUCCUGCUGCAGAGAAUUUCGACUAUCCUGUAGCCAUGGAUAUUAGGGAGCUCAUUUCUCUGGAGGAUGUUAUGGAGGAACUUGGAUUAGGUCCAAAUGGUGGUCUUAUUUACUGCAUGGAGCACCUAGAAGAAAAUUUGGAUGACUGGCUAACAGAGGAGUUGGAUAAUUACUUGGAUGAUGAUUAUUUGGUUUUUGACUGCCCAGGUCAGAUUGAACUCUUCUCCCAUGUACCUGUGCUUAAGAACUUUGUGGAGCAUCUAAGGCGUAAAAAUUUCAAUGUCUGUGUUGUAUACUUACUUGAUUCACAGUUUAUAACAGAUGUGACCAAGUUUAUAAGUGGUUGCAUGGCUUCGCUUUCUGCUAUGGUUCAACUGGAGCUGCCUCAUGUUAAUAUUCUGUCCAAAAUGGACCUUGUAACAAACAAGAGGGACAUUGAGAAUUACUUGGAUCCAGAACCUCGGACACUGUUGGCAGAGUUGAAUCAGCGCAUGGCUCCACAGUUUGAAAAACUUAACAAAUCCUUAAUCGAAUUGGUUGAUCAGUACAGCAUGGUGAGCUUCUUGCCUCUUGACCUGAGAAAAGAGAGCAGUAUUCAAUACAUAUUGUCACAAAUUGACAACUCCAUUCAGUAUGGAGAAGAUGCAGAUGUGAAGGUUAAGGAUUUUGACCCAGAGGAUGACUAAAAAGCUUCAGGUUUCUUGGCUCCCACUACAAGAUUUUGGGACUCUUGAACCUGCGAUGUACCUCUUUGGUAAAUUGGAGAAAGGCAACUUUGUCACAAUUACAGUUGUAUUGUCACCUGGAAAAAUGGCGUCUCCUGAUUUCAAAUGCAUGUGUGUCGAACAAUUUUUAAAACAAGUUAGGCUGUAGUCUUCUUCUCGACCUUUUCAGUGGCAAUGAGCUAAUCUUAAGACAGCAAGUGGAAAAUAUACCAGGAAAAGAACGAGGCCUUGAGCUAAACUGCAUUUUCAACAUGAACAAAAGACUCUAGUUUGUAUGGUCUACUGCUCCCUACGAAAUGGUUUUGUCAGUUUAAACCUGUAGCAACCUAUGAAUCCGACAGGUCGGUAGUGCUAUUUGAUUGGCAUUUGGUGUGUGUAAUUGUGAUGUGCACUAGAAAAUUAAGUUUUAAUUAAAUUUAUAGCUUUAAAGCCACA